AUGUCGGCCAGUGUUCCUGGUGAUACUGAAAGUAGAGCGAAAGUAAGAAUGCAGUUAGCAACGGGUUUCGUUCUCGCCCUGUUGAUAGGGCUUGCUAGCGCCGCUCCCGUCUCUAAUGAAAAACAUGGAAAAUUCGUAGUCACAAGAGAAUUUUUUCCCGAAUCUUUGGUUGUGUAUUCCGGCGAACACGAAAUUGUUAACAUUUUCGUUCCCUUAAAUGGUCUUAACUACGCAGAGAAACCGGAUGACGACAGGAAAAUUAUACUUUUCUUCGUCGAAGCUGAUGAAGAUGAUUCAGGCAAAAGAAUAGACCAGGGCUUAUAUGUUCUUAAAGACGGUGUACCUAAGAAGCUAUUGGAUCAUGGUAGGGACGCAUCAGCAGCUAAUGACGAUAGCCAGGAAGUCUACUUUGCUGCUGAAGAUGGUAUUUAUUUGUACAAUCCUGAAGAAAACUCAGCUGAGAAAUACGGUACAGUGUCUGAUAGUAUAAUCGGAAUUGCUAAGGAGAACAACAGUGAUGUCAUUUACAUUCUCACUGAAGAUUUCGAAGUAUUCAGAGUGUCUGAAGCUGGUGAGAAGAAAGAGAAGAUCGAAGAGAUCGUCGGUGCUCAACAAAUUGUUCUGGAUUAUAAAAACAAUUUAUAUUUCUACGACGCAGAUAAACAGCCUUUCGUUUACAGUAAAGAUGGAGUAAAAAAGAUUGAAGGAACACCUGAACAUGCAGUUAAAGCGCACCUUCUUAAACCAUCUUUAUAUACGGAAGACUCGGUCCCAUUCAUUGUUGAUGGAAAGAUCUACAUCUUGUACGCUGAUGGGUCCGCACAACCUUUCGACAUUGAAAUCGCACCUGACGCCCAACCAAGUGCUUACUCAAUGGAAACAAUGUUGAUGCAAUAUUAUGCCCUAGAUAAUAAGAUUUACGAAUUUGAUAUUAUGGAUAUAAUGAUAGACGGUAUUUUAAAUACCAUGAAAGAAAUUCUACAACACUAUAUGGAUAUUAUUCAAGAAAUUCUUGCCAUGGAAAUUUUUAAUUCUAAAUAG